UUGCUGUUUGUUAUUGUCUUGUUGUCCUUCUUCUGUCGACAUAACACUGUGUACAGAGGGAUUAUAAUUGGGAGAAGAAAGCAUAGAAAAAUAGGUAGACAAACAAAGCAAUUUUGAUAUGUAGCAAACUGCUGCUGGUCUAGCGGUGGAAUCCCGAAGUGGGAAAACAAACAAAAGGCUGACAUGUGCCGAAAAAUUCAGGUGUCAAUUUAGGAACAGGUUCAUCUGGUGGUUGAUAUACAAAGAAGAUGAUUGUGAUUUAUUGCUCAAUUAGACAGUGAAGAUAUUGCUACUUAAAGUACAACAACUAAUUUGCGGAAACGAGGUCGUGAAAGUGAUGUUAUGACAAAAUUGAUAUGUUGAUGAAAAGUUAGAAGUAAUGAAUAUUAGUGUAAUUUCUAUUAAAAGUUUUGAGUAAGCAAAAGACUGUUUCGACUCUCACCGUCUCGUUCGCUUCAACACGAGUCCAUGCAGGGCCAGUAGCGAGUCACUCACUCAGUGCAUUAUUUGUGGUGGAGCCGCUCUAACAACGCGCUAUGCGCUCACGGCAUACAGACGAUCACAGCAGCGGCAGAGAGCAAACCCAAAUCCGGUUACCGGCAGCACGCGGCAACACCGUACUGAGCCACAUCCUCCCAGCUCGCUCACCACGAUAACACGACACGAGUCGCUAGCGCACACGAGUCUUGCAGCAGCAGCAGGCUGGCUGGAUGGAAAUGGAAUAGCCCACAUCGAGUGACGGACGAUCGGUUUAGUCGCGGUUCGGCCAUCGUCCGGUUGGUAGCGUUUUCGGUGCUGUUGUUUGUUUCAACGUUUCGGUAUAAAAAUUGGUGCUGUCUAUCAAGCUGAAAAAAAAUAGUUUAUAUGGCAUACAGAAAAAGUGCUUCUGUUUUUCGAUUUCCCGAUUGCGAAGCUAGUGGUGCUACAUAGCUAGUGUGUGAAACUGUACGAAUAUCAAAUCAAAUCUCCGCACUUACUUUUAUUAAUGAGUGAAACUGCAAACGAAAGUUGUGAUUUAUGUCGUGAAUAAGCGCUUUUUAAUGGACGUCUGAAAGAUAGGUUGUUUGCUGAUAGUGAAGAGAUACUACUUAUGUGAAGCACAAUAGUUUGGCGCAAAGAAAUACAGAAUACAAAACGUUAGCCGGCCGACAAUUUCCAUCAGUAUACGACCAUAAUCGUCAUAUCAGCUGUUUUUAUUGUAACAAAAAAAAACGAAACAUCGUUUCUCGGAAGCGCCACUGAAAACAAGAAGAGAGCGUUUGCAGCAGCAGCAACAGCAGCUAGCCAGCGCAGCAGAGUGAGUGAGGCAGAAAAAAACAAGCGAGCCAGUAAUAAGAAUAAGUAAAUUAUCUUCAACAAACAACAGCAAGGCUUUAACAUGGUGCUAGUGCUCAACGGGGUACUUCAAGAUGAGUGUCCGAUGGACACACAUUCGCUCUUCGUGCAGCAUCCGGUUUACCGGGACACGGCCACACAGUUCCUAUCGAUUCCUACCAAAACAGUUGGUGCUCCGGGUCUACUGUACGUCUGCCAGCGGGAAAUGGCUGCCGUUGCUCCGCAUGACAAGAAUGUAAACAUCAUCGGUUCGGACGAUGCGACCACCUGCGUUAUCGUUGUUGUCCGGCAUUCAGGUUCGGGAGCAGUUGCGUUGGCCCAUUUGGACGGCAACGGUACCGACGAGGCAGUUUCAACGAUGGUGGCCCGAGUACAAGAGCUGGCCUUCGGCUAUCCGGAAGGCCGCAUUGAACUGCAACUAAUAGGCGGUUUUAAGGACACCCAGGGAUACGCGGAAGAUCUGUUCAACAACAUAAUGCAGUCGUUCCACAAGCAUCCCCUGGAAAUCGAUUUGACGCAGGCCUGCGUUGGCGAACUGAACACCAUCCUCCGUGGGGACAUCAAUUGGCCAAUCAUCUACGGCGUGGGAGUUAAUGUGAAAACUGGUGAGAUCUUUCCCGCCACUUUCCCCGAAAAGGGACCCGAUCUUCAGCUACGUAUGGCGCGAUAUUUUACCGGUGGUCAUCAGGUGCUAGAUAUUUACGAUUCCACCGUCGGAAUGCUCCGAAUCGGCCCAUUCAACUAUGACCCGCUGAGAGGGGUGGAUCUGUGGCUAUCGCAGAGCGACGAGUUUAUUCUGCAACAUCUAUCCACUAGUCCCGAUGUGGAGCCACCCCAUUUCGCUAUGCAAAUCCGUGCCACUCUUAGAUACAUACAGGAUAACCAAUUCCCAGCGGUGACGGUGUUCCGGAACAAUAAUCCACACUAUUUCCGACGGGACGAAGCAACCGGUUGCUGGGCGCCGGUGCGAUUCUAGGACACAUGUUAACUGGUUUACCGUACAACUAAAUUCCACUCUUCUGUCCCUCUGUUCACGAUCGGAACGAUCAUUAUUUAACCACGAUAGGAUUAUUUAAAACCCUUUCUUGCAGUCACUUCUCCCUUUCGGGAGAAUAUAUCGCACCUGGUUCUUUAGUAGCUUACAUUGAUCGACUUUGUUUUUCUUCGAGCUUAUUUAUAGAUCAAACUAUUACGCAUUACAUACCGACACAUACAUACAUGAAUUGUACAACAAUUAAUUAGUCGCUGUUUUCCGCCUGAAUCUGAUUUUUUGCGGCGUUUUCGCCGCGCACUAGUCUGGCACCCAGAGAGAGAGACCAGUCCUAGGAAAACAUGAUUUCAAAUUACUGGAAAGAUUCAAUUAAUAUAUUAUACAUAGAAAUGCUAUACACAAUUGUACAGAAAAAAAUCGGUUUUAUGCUCGUUAAAAAUAAUAAAUGAUGAUCUGCUUCG